AUAUUUUAGGUACUUAAUUAAAUAAAAUAUUAAAAUAUUAAAAUAAAAAAAAAUAUAUGUAUAUUUUAAAAGUUAAAUCGUGAAUUAUUAGAUGGAAUUUUCCAAGGAUACCUUGGAUGCAUUGGCCAGAUCAAACAAGAUUCUGAGUUAUAUAAAAAUGAAAAAUCCCAACGCCAAAAGCGAGGAAUCCGAUUGGGAGGUGAGGCCAGGUGGCAUGCUGGUCCAGCUAAGAGACCACCGCAAAGAAGAAGAAGAAGACGACGACGAUCAUACUCAUCACAACCACAAUCACGAAACCGCUGCUGCAUCCUCUGGCGGGCCCAUGAUCAACAGCGACCCUGCCCAUAGCCCAGCCCAGCUCUCCGCCCAAUCUUAUUUUGACAAUACAGCAAGCAAAGAAAAAAUGACCAAUACCAAAGAUAAUAAGGUUGAAGAGGUAAAGGAAAGUGAAGAAAUAUCUAAAGCCUUUGCAGCGGUUGCCGGAGUCCGAAAAGAAGUAGACAAGCUCUCUGAAAGAGUUGCUGCAUUAGAAGUGGCUGUGAACAGUGGGACGAAGGUAACCGAUGAGGAAUUUGUUGUACCGGCGGAGUUACUUAUGAGAGAGUUGCUGAAAUUGGAUGGGAUCGAGGCUGAAGGAGAAGCGAGGUUACAGCGGAAGGCUGAGGUACGUCGCAUCCAGAAGUACCACGAGAUACAAUUAAAGACAAGAAAUUCGAAUCCUUUUAGCGACAAACACAAAGCUGUGUCAGUGACAACGAAUUGGGAGACAUUCGACUCGGGGAUGGGAAGCUUAACUGCUCCUCCACCUAUGUCAUCUUCAACAAACACGACACAGGAUUGGGAACGGUUUGAUUAGUGAAUAUUUGCUCUGGAUUCGGAAGCUUGAUUGUGACUCUACAUAUGCAAUCUCAGAUUUUGAUUAGUUAAUAUUUGCCUCAUUCUCGUGGAACAUAAUAUAUAAAUCAUCCAGGGUUCAUUUGUAAUGGUUCUGGGGCUACAUUUAAUUUUCAAGGCAAGGGGGAUUAUCUUCUGCUUGAAAGACAACUUGAUUCUUAUGGAUUCAGAUGUAAUGCAAUACCUUAAUAGUAGAAA